AUGACGUCGAUAGGCACAGGUUAUGACCUGAGCAACUCCAUCUUCUCCCCCGACGGUCGCAACUUCCAAGUCGAGUAUGCCGUCAAGGCCGUCGAGAACGGUGGCACAUCCAUCGGUAUCCGAUGCAAGGGUGGUGUCGUCCUCGCUGUCGAAAAGAUCAUUGCCUCCAAAUUAUGGAAGCCCAAUGCCAACAAGCGUAUUGCUACCAUUGACAGACAUCUCGGUGUUGUCUACUCAGGCAUGAUCCCCGAUGGCCGCCACUUCGUCGACCGCGCCCGUGAAGAAGCCCGCGGCUGGCGCGACACCUUCAAGACUCCCAUCUCCACCGCCGACCUCGCAGCCCGCAUGGGCGGCUACCUCCAAGCCUACACCCUCUACUCCUCAGUUCGUCCAUUCGGCAUUACCGCCAUUGUCGGUGGUUUCGACCCCUCUACCGAGACCCCCGUUGACGGCGAAGUUGGUUCUGGCCCCAAGGUCGGUGCUGGCGGCAAGGACACCACCAAGAAGCACGGUGGUCCCUUCCUCUACAUGAUCGAGCCUUCCGGUCUCUACUGGGGCUACUACGGUGCUGCUACUGGCAAGGGCCGUCAAGCCGCCAAGGCAGAGCUCGAGAAGCUCGACCUCGCUGAUGGCGGACUGACGUUGGAGGACGCCGUUAAGGAGGCUGCCCGCAUCAUCUACGUCGCCCACGACGACAACAAGGACAAGGAGUUUGAGCUCGAGAUGAGCUGGAUCAGUGAUAUUGACGGCCCCACCAAGGGCCGCCACGAAGAGGUGCCCAAGGAGCUGCGCGAGGAGGCGGAGCGGUUUGCCAAGAAGUCACUCGAGGGCGAUGACGACGAUGACGAGGACAAGAAGGAGGACGACAAGAUGGAGGAGUAG